UAACAAAGCUACGCUAGGCAACGUGCUCCGCUCAUGUCUGUUCCCACUGGGCACAGACGUCACAUCAACGACUAUUCCACGUUGGUUCAACGUAAUAACAUUGAAAACGACUUGGAAACAACGUUGAUUCAACCAGAGUGCCCAGUGGGAUAUAUGGAAUGUCAUCCGUUUUGCUAAUUAAAACUUAAACAGCACUGCGGUUCAGCAGUGAUGUUAUGCGCUCAGGAAGCCUGCUGAUGGGCUUCUCCACACUCAUUGGUAGCUUUAGGCCCCCAGGGGAAGGCUGACAAACAGGGCUGCAGGGGCAGAGACAGUUUGCUGUCUUGGAGAGAUGAAAACUUCACUAACGUCUUAAGUCAGAGCCGUGGGAAAGAUACAGUCAUCUGGUGGCGAUGAACCGUAACGCACGGCGACGGGAAAGAAACUGCGCGACCAGAGAAACUCGACCUGCACUCAACAUUUUCCUUCCUUGGGAGAACAGAUACGUAUCUCUAUCGCUCUUUCUCGCCCCCUCCCUCCACCCUCUCUCGUAGACUUUCUAAGAUACAGCGUCUGAAUUCAGAUGCGGUGCACUUCCAAGGCGAGCAUCAGCAUCACUACAGAGACUCUGGCUCGGAUAAAAUCGGAAGAGCGCGUUUUUGUCCUCGGUUAUUUUCGAUUCAUCUAGUUGAUUAGACCCCCCCCACACACACACACACACUCCCCAUAUCACCCCAAUACAUCAGUCGUCGGAAUUAUAGCUGCCUCCCUACAGCUCUCCCCUUGGCUUCCCCUUUCUUCAAACCGAACAGAAUUUAUGUGUAUUUGCCGCAUGAGGACGUCCAAGCAUUGGAACUCAGUUGCUGGGGGUGCAGCGAUUCAGCCUGCCGCUUGUUCCGCGCCGGAGACAUGAAUCUACCAUAACGGAAUUCGCGUUCCCUGUCAAAAUCGGAUAAAUCAAAACUGUUUGUUUGCCGCCUCGUGGGGGUUAUAUUUCGUUUCUGCUGGUCAAUAACUGUCGUCAAGUGAAUAGCUGUUAUCGCCAUCGCUUCAAUUCCAAACUGGAGGAGUCGUGAUCAACGGGAAUGAAAUUGAGAAAAUCGUCCGCGGGUUGGAGGACGGGGCUGAGUUUAGGUCGGGAACUACGAGUCUAGAUAUUUCUAACUUUGUGCGCAAGACUUUCUCUUUCUAUAUGGACCGAUCAACAUCACUGGAUAUCGAGGCUCUGAAGAUGACCCAGGAGCAGUACAUCCUGGCGGCCCAGCCCAACACCCUGAGCCAGCGGGUACACCAAGGUGCCCAGGCCUACCCGGUGGGUAUCUACGGCUGGAGGAAGCGCUGCCUCUACUUCUUCAUCCUCCUGCUCCUGGUCACCAUGAUCGUCAACCUGGCGCUCACCAUCUGGAUCCUCAAGGUCAUGAACUUCACCGUG